AUGGCAGUCAUCUUAAUCAGCAGGCUAUUCGUGUUGCUCACAUGCGCUCUCUACGUCCUCGGUGGAAGAAACUUUUACAAAAUCCUGGACUUGGACCGUUCCGCUUCGGAUGCUGAUAUCAAGAAGGCAUACAAGCGCCUCAGCAGAAAGUUUCAUCCAGAUAGGAACAAGGACGAAGGAGCAGAGGCAAAGUUUGUCGAGAUUACUCAGGCAUACGAGGCACUCUCAGAUCCUGAGAAACGGCAAAUAUAUGACCGCCACGGUGAAGAAGGCCUACAAGCACACGAAGGCGGCCAACACUCGAACCCCUUCGACGUCUUUUCCAACUUUUUCGGCGGCGGACAUCCACCACGAAUCCUCAACCUCGCCGACGUGUACACGGGCAACAGCGUCGAAUUCAUGAUCAAGAAGAAGAUUCUCUGUGACCACUGCCGUGGAACGGGCGCCAAUUCCGACGGAGAUAUCAAGACGUGUCCGACCUGCAAUGGCUCUGGUGUCAAGACGGGUCGUCAGCAGAUUUUCCCCGGCAUUGUGAGUGGUAAAGGCAAAGUCAUUGCACGUCCGUGCAAGCAUUGUAAUGGGGAAAAGGUUAUUGAUCAUACGGGUCAUUAUACGCUCGAGGUUGAAAAGGGCAUGCCAGAGGGGCAUGAAGUCGUCUUUGAGGGCGAGGGGGAUCAAUCGGCCGAGUGGGAAGCUGGAGAUGUUGUCUUGCGUAUCCGAACACAGAAGGUGGCUGGUGGAUGGCGAAGAAAGGAGUCGUCACUCUACUGGAAGGAGACCAUUUCUGUUGCCGAGGCCCUACUUGGCUUUGAGAGAAAUAUUACCCACUUGGAUGGCCAUCAGGUCACAAUUUCCAGACCAGGACCUACAGGAUACACUAUGGUUGUCAAGGAUGAGGGUAUGCCCAUCUACGAGGGCCACGGGCACGGUGAUCUCUAUGUCGAAUUCAACGUGGUUCUACCUACCGUAUUAUCAGAAGAUACGCGAAAGAAGCUUCAGGAGGCAUUCAAGACUGGCAAAGGGCGAGGCAAGGACGAGCUAUGA